AUGGGGCAAUUCCUUUCCAACACAAGAAACGAGGAAGCCGAUAUUGUUGAACCGCCGCCUACCCGCCCCAGUAUCUCGUUCCGGGCUGACUAUCUACCCGAUGAAGUCAGUCGGAGGCCCGAGGACCUCAAGGACUGGUACACUGACUUCUUUGAACAAGCAUUUGUCGCCCCCCAUCGGGAUGGACGGUCUGUCGUUGUAUUCUGGCCGUAUCCCAACCGUGAGGUAAGGGUCGACGAACCGGAUCCAAAGGAUAUCAUAGCGAACGCUGCUACGAUAUACGAGAGCUUAUUCUUUAAACAUGGUGGACAUCCACGGAUGGUGAAGUAUCUCCAUCGGCUGGACGACGGUAUUGGGUUCUGCCUCGAACGUCUCACCCCCGGCCCCUUGGAUAAUAUCAGAUUUCCACCUCUUUCGCUCCCUAUUUCAACACCAUCAACGCAGAAUAGGAUGUUGUUAGCCUUAUAUUAUCGAUGGGCACUCCAGAGCCUCUCUGCUCUACAUUUUAUGCAUACAAAGUCCCUAUAUCUUGCCACUGUUGGCAACACAUUUACCUGGCUACGGUCCGAUAUGUCGAUUGCCAUUACCGGGCUUACAUGCGUCGCCAGCCCUACCCUAGUACCCGAAUGGGAUGAUCAUGGUGAAACUGGUAAAUUUAUAUACCAGAUAGAAGCAGUAUCACACUUUCGCUCUGGAAAUAAUCUUCUAGAAUGCUUUGUUGCCGGUACUAGUGACCUCCCACAUAACACAGCUUAUGACUUAUUCGACUGGGCAACAUGGAUGUGGCAACACAUGACAAAUUAUUAUUCAACAAGCCCACCGCGAGAGCCUCAUGUUCAGUUCCUACGUUAUGAAGAAGAGAAGCACAGGCAAGGGGCGUGGCAGGAACUAGAGGAGGAAAGACUUGGUCCUAUACUCGUAAAAGCAUGGAACCAAGAGUAUCAGAGUGCGGAGCAAGUGAUGCAGGAUGUGCAAGAGGUUGUUAAGAAGGUGGGUAUGAAGCUGAUUGGGGAAGACGAGGUUGAGCUGGAAGAAAUCCUCGUUGGGGGUCGUCUAAGGAAAAAAGGUGUCUAG